CAAUGAUGAUUGAAUUUUCAGGGGCUUCUAUUUAUAGAUAGGCAUGCCCCGUUGCCCUUUGUAUCGUCAUUCUCUCCCUCCAAAAAACAUGCAUGCUUACGGUUUCCUCCAUCUGUUUCCCAUCACCAAAUACUUAUGUCUUCCCUCUCUUCUUCACAUUACCAGUUUUGGCAUUUUUUUUGUUAAUAUUUGAGUUCCGGUGUGAUUCGUUUCCCUUAACAUAUAUAAGGAAGACGUCCACAAUCAAAGAUUUUAGUGGACCUGGGAGGACACUAUGUCUAUUUCAAUAAAGGAUUUGGAUCCUGCUUUACAAGGGGCAGGACAUAAAGCAGGGAUUGAGAUUUGGCGAAUCGAAAAUUUUCAACCUGUUGCAGUCUCACAAUCUUCACAUGGAAAAUUUUUCACUGGUGAUUCUUAUGUGAUUCUAAAGACAACUGCCUUGAAGAGUGGCGCCCUUCGUCAUGACCUUCACUAUUGGCUGGGUAAAGAAACUAGCCAGGAUGAAGCUGGUGUGGCUGCCAUCAAGACGGUCGAGCUAGAUGCAGCACUUGGUGGGCGUGCUGUUCAGUAUCGUGAAGUACAAGGCCAAGAAUCGGAGAAGUUCCUUUCCUAUUUUAAGCCAUGUAUAAUCCCUCAACAAGGUGGAUUCUCCUCAGGUUUUAAGCAUGUUGAGGCUGAAGAGCAUCCGAACCGCUUGUAUGUGUGUAAAGGAAAACAUGUCGUUAAUGUGAACGAGGUGCCUUUUGCUCGGUCGUCUCUAAAUCACGAUGACAUCUUCGUUUUAGAUACAGCGUCUAAAAUAUUUCAGUUCAAUGGCUCCAACUCUUCGAUUCAAGAGAGGGCUAAAGCACUGGAAGUUGUUCAGCAUAUAAAAGAUACUUAUCAUGAUGGGAAAUGUGAAAUAGCAGCUGUUGAAGAUGGAAAGUUAAUGGCUGAUGCUGCGGCCGGAGAAUUUUGGAAUAUCUUCGGUGGCUUUGCUCCACUUCCGAGGAAAGUAUACAGCGCACCCAAGAGCCCUCGUAUUGUUCAUCCUAAGCUUUUCUGCAUUGAGAAAGGAGAGGCGAUACCCGUUCAGACUGAUUCAUUAGCAAAGGAGUUGUUGGACUCAAAUAAAUGUUAUCUUCUCGAUUGCGUGAUGGAAGUAUUUGUUUGGGUGGGCAAAAGUACUUCUCUUGAGGACCGGAAAACUCUGAGCAGCACGGUUCAUGAAUUACUGCAAAAGCUAAACAGGCCUGAGGCUCAAACAGUUCGCAUAAUGGAGGGCUUUGAGACAGUGAUGUUCAAAGGAAAGUUUGAUUCGUGGUCUGAUUCAACCGCCCCCACAAAUCAGGACGCGAAAGGAAAGGUAGCAGAACUUCUAAAACGCCAAGGAGUGAAUGUGAGGGGUCUUGUGAAAGCAGAAGAUCCCCAAGAAGACGAACCUCAAACAUAUAUAGACUGCACAGGCGAUCUACAGGUUUGGAGCGUUAAUGGUAACCAGAAGACGAUUCUUGAAGGACCUUCUCAGUCGCAGUUUUACAGUGGUGAUUGCUAUAUCUUCCAAUAUUCUUAUCCUGGGGAAGAUAGAGAGGAAUAUCUUAUAGGGACAUGGUUUGGAAAUAAAAGUGUUGAGGAAGACAGGGUAGCAGCAAGUGCACAGGCUACCAAGAUGGUUGAGAAUAUGAAGUUCUUCCCGGCUCAGGCUCGCAUUUGUGAAGGAUUCGAGCCAGUCCAGUUCUUUGCCAUUUUCCAGAGCUUCAUAAUCUUCAAGGGUGGUCUUAGCGCAGGAUACAAGAACAGCCUUGCGCAGAAAGGACUAGAAGACGAUACAUACUCAGAGGAAGGACUUGCGUUGUUUCGUAUUCAAGGGACAGGACCUGAUAAUAUGCAAGCAAUACAAGUAGACCCUGUGUGCUCGUCGUUGAAUUCCUCCUACUGUUACAUACUAAACAGUGGUUCCUCGACUUUGACCUGGCUGGGAAGUAACACGACCACAGAUGAGCAGGAGCUUGCGGAGAGGUGGCUCGAUAUUUUGAAGCCGGACGUGCAGCCUAGAUUUCAACGAGAAGGUGCAGAAUCUGAGCAGUUUUGGGGUCUGAUUGGUGGAAAAAAAUCGGAGUAUCCAAAGCAGAAAAUAACAAGAGUGGCUGAAGGAGACCCUCAUCUGUUCUCAUGCACUACAUCCAAUGGAGAUCUGAAGGUGGAUGAGGUGUACAAUUUCGACCAGGACGAUCUUAUGACUGAAGAUAUAUUCUUCGUGGAUUGCCACUCCGACAUUUAUGUCUGGAUCGGGCAAAUGGUCGAAACGAAAAAUAAGACAAAUGCUUUAAAUCUAGGGGAGAAAUUUCUUGAGCGUGACAUUCUUGGCGAAAAAAUAUCAAAGCAAGCCCCUAUAUAUAUCAUUACAGAAGGGAACGAGCCUGCAUUUUUCACACGUUUCUUCACUUGGGACUCGAGAAAAUGUGCAAUGCAUGGUAACUCUUUCCAAAGAAGAAUGGCUAUAGUCAAACACGGUGGAACUCCACCGGUGGAAAAACCAAGAAGGAGAAUACCUGUCGGGAUGGGUGGGAGAUCCGGUGCACCAGAAAAAGCGCAGCAACGGUCCAGGAGCCUGUCUGUGGCCCCAGAGAGAAACCGCGUACGAGGAAGAUCUCCAGCAUUCAACGCUCUAGCAUCAACAUUCGAGAGUUCUAAUGCAAGAAACCUCUCAACUCCUCCUCCUAUGGUAAACAAGCUCUACCCAAAAUCGGUCGAGAUUCCAGAUGCAACCAUCCAGAGAUCAGCAGCCAUAGCAGCACUCACUAAAGGUUUUGAGAAACCUGGACCCGCUCGCCAGCUCAUCUUCCCUCGCUCCAUUAGAGGCCGCGACGUCCCCAAGCCUAGAGGUGAAACACAUAGCAUAGAUGAGGAAACGAAGGAAGAUGAAGGUGAAGACGAAGGACUCCCAACGCAUCCUUAUGAUCGCCUCAGAACAAAUUCCACUGAUCCGGCUCCAGACAUUGAUGCCACUAGGCGAGAGGCAUAUUUGUCAACAGAAGAUUUCAAGUCGAAAUUCGGGAUGAGCAAGAGUGCUUUCAACAAGUUGCCGAAAUGGAAACAGAAUAAGAUAAAGACAGCUCUAGAAUUGUUCUGAAACCUCCUAGCUGCUACAGCAUUGCCUGCAGAUAAGAUAACAGAGUGUGCAUGGAAGUCUCUAGAAGAAUUCCAUACCUUCAACUUCAUCAGAUGCUUAGGAAUCUUUUUUCUUUGUUUUAAUUCUGUGAUAGAUUUCUUGAUAUAUAACAGUUUUGUUUUAGGGUGCAAAAAGGCUGGAAGUGUGUACAGCAAUGUAAAACCACUCCAUUCAUUAGUUGGCUAGUUAAUAAAAUUUCCAAUGACAAAUUUAAAUUCAAUAAAAAGUUAAUACAAGGUCUAUAAUAAAGUUUCUACAA